AUGCCGUCGGCUCAGAUUAACCAGCCGUCAAACCAGAUCAGGCUCACAAAUGUCUCUCUUGUGCGCAUGAAGAAGGGCAAGAAGCGUUUCGAAGUCGCAUGCUACAAGAACAAAGUCCUCGAAUGGCGCUCAGGCGUCGAGACCGACCUUGACAAUGUCCUCCAAAUUCCGAACGUAUUCCUCAACGUCUCCAAAGGCCAAGCUGCUCCCUCAGCAGACUUGCAAAAGGCCUUCGGAAAGAUGCCCUUGAACGACGUCAUUCUGGAAAUUCUGAACAAGGGAGAGCUACAGGUUGGCGAGAAGGAACGACAUGCCCAGUUGGAAAGAGUGCACGCCGAAGUCAUCGACAUUGUCGCAGGCAAGCUGGUCGACCCCAAGAGCAAGCGCGUCUACACUACUGGUAUGAUCGAGAAGGCACUAGAUCAACUCAGCAGUCAGAGCGGAAAGGAUACCACCACACCCAGCGCAAGCGCUAGUGGCACUGCGACACCCGUGGAAGGCGAGAGCCAUGCCGAGCACAAGUCCAAGCCCAUGUGGACCGGUGUUGUAACCACUCGUGACGCCAAAUCUCAAGCACUGAACGCUAUGAAGGCUUUGAUCGCGCAUCAGCCCAUCCCCGUUGCUCGUGCAAGAAUGAGAUUGAGAAUCACAUGUCCUACAUCGGUCCUGAAACAAGCAGUCAAGAGCGCUCCCAAACCUGGCGAUGAUGCAGAAGGCGAGGCACAGUCAAAGGGUACAGUCAAGGACAGGAUUUUGGGUUAUAUUGAGCAGGUCGAGAGUCAGGACAUGAUGGGCGAAGAGUGGGAGGUUGUCGGCUUCGUCGAGCCCGGAAGCUUCAAGCCUCUCAGCGAGUUUGUCAGCGGACAGACAAAGGGCAGAGCCAGAGCCGAGGUUCUGGACAUGGCUGUCAUGAAUGAAGGCGACUAA